AUGGAUGGCCGUCAGUACCUUAAGAGCUACUACUACCCAGCUAGAUCGAAAACGAAGAAGGAUUGUCAAACUGACUCCGAAACGUCAGAAUAUAGUCUCUCAACAACACAUAAACAUGUUGAGCAGGAAACUCAUCAUUCUCAAGUGCAGGCAUUACAAACCAAUCGGAUAGCAUCGUAUCCCUUUAUGGAACACCAACUUGCACCGAAACCAGCCGUAGAAAAGCCUUUUAUUGAAUCAUCAUACUGCCAAACUUUGAACAGCUACUCCAUCGACUAUUUCAUGGAAGGUCGUCCGAAAACCAGUCGUGUUGAAUCUGACGUGAACAUCCAUACAAUCGCUCCACAUCACCGCUACCAGACUGUUCAAGAAGCACUGGAGCAUCCUACAGCAGAUAAACCAAAUGGUGCUUGCGUUCAAGCGCUCACAACACUAUGUGACACAAACCUUGAUGAGAAAAACAACGCAAAGACAUAUGAGAUGUCGGAAUACGCAUGGCAACGUCACGACGAAGAAGCUGCGGCACAGUAUGCUCUUCCAUAUCAGCGUCACAGUGCAACUGGGAAAAAUAACGAGGUCGGGAUGGACCAGGCCCAGCCUCAACAUAAUGAACUACUGCCGACCAACCCUGCUGAGGAAUUCAGUGUGCCAUGCAGUAAGACAUGUAGGGAGGAGGAGAGCGUGUACUCGAAAUACAUUGGAAUUCCCAACGACCUCUUCCUUGCCUACCGAUCGAAACCCUUCAUCACCACAAGCCCCUACAAGCCAACACCAAGGUUAACUGCCCAGCCGCCGUCCAAGUAUGCAAUCUGUAACGUCGAUUCUAGUGUGUCUGGCCUUACUCAACAUCUAUCGUCGAAUGCAGUGGAAAACGAUGAAAUGCGUUUUAAUGAAAAAGCUGAUGAGAUUCGAUCACAUCUUCCCGAUUUCUCGACUGAAAUCGAACUAGAACUCACAGACAAAACGGCUGCGACCCAUUAUCGUGUUGCUGAACAUUGCGCUCCUCAGCACUCCGCAGUCGGGAAAGCGCUCACUCAUGUCAAACCAGCUGCGGUGUUAUCAGAGUAUCAAGUCGAAGAUCUCAACGACCUCACCUCAUGUGUCGAUGCGCUUUGA